UGGUUUCGUCUGCACGCCCUAUGCACUCACUCGCAUGAGUCAAAGUCUUGCCCUACUCAUUCUCUUCAUAUUUAACCUGAGGUCGCACUGUCAUUGAGUCUCAAGACCUUGUAAACAAUAUGGCUUUCGCAGUCGGCAAACGAGCUGCCUGGUCGCGGUUAUCGCAACUCCCGUAUCGAACCUCUGUCCGUCGUUACGCUGCCAGUCCCGCUGCAGUCCCUACCUCCUCUACAAUGCCUGUCUUGGACCACAGUCAAGCCCAGCGCGAAGUUUCAUUGCCCAAUGCUGACCCUCCGGCGGACUCAGCUACCGCUGCCUUUCUCAACCAAUCCGCCCCUUUUAUGGUCCCGACCUAUGUGCGGCCCCCGCCUAUGAUGGUACAAGGAGAAGGCUGUAUAUUAUAUGACAAUGAAAAUAGACAAUACCUUGAUUUCACGGCUGGAAUAGCAGUCAACUCGUUGGGUCAUUCUGACCCCGAGAUCAGCAGAAUUAUCGCCCAUCAAGCACAACAGUUAAUUCAUGCUUCCAAUUUAUACCACAACCCAUGGACGCCAACCUUGUCCAAGCUUCUCAUCGAGGAGACAAAGAAGCAAUCUCCCGGUUCACCUUUCACCCAGGCCUUCAUAUCAAACUCGGGCUCCGAGGCCAAUGAAGCAGCAAUCAAAUUUGCCAGAAAGGUGACUUACGCGAAGGAUCCGGCAACCAAGCAAAGGGAUAUUGUUUCCUUCCACGGAUCAUUCCACGGCCGCACAUACGGGUCUCUGUCGGCAACACCAAACCCAAAGUAUCAGUCUCCAUUUGGCCCUAUGGUACCUGGUUUCCGUUAUGGCACCUACAAUGAUGUCGCUGCGGUCAAAGAUCUGGUCACUGAGAAUACUGCCGGAGUGAUCGUGGAGCCAAUUCAGGGCGAGGGAGGAAUCAAUGUGGCAACCCCAGAGUUCCUCCAGGCACUACGCAAGAGAUGUGAUGAAGUGGGAGCUGUCUUGAUCUUCGACGAGAUCCAGUGUGGACUCUCUCGGACUGGAGAUCUCUGGGCAUACACGGCUUCAGGAGUGCAUCCCGACAUCCUGACAACCGCGAAAGCACUUGGCAACGGAAUUCCCAUUGGGGCCACUCUGGUGUCGGGCAAGACUGUUGCACCUUUCAUCAAGACCGGUGACCAUGGCACAACCUUUGGGGGCAACCCAUUCGCUUGUCGGGUGGCUCAUCACGUCUUUGGCCGCCUGGCAAAGCCACAGUUGCAGGAGGAAGUCAGGGUCAAGUCUACAUUGUUUUUCAGCGCUUUCGAGUCAAUGAAGGAGAAGUUCCCAAGGGUCAUUUCCGAGGUCAGAGGCCGUGGUCUGAUUGUCGGGUAUCAAUUGAGCGACUCUGCCAAAGCAAAAGCUGCGGACGUCAUCACCGCCGCGCGAGAAAGAGGACUACUCAUCAUCACAGCCGGAGAUGGUGUUCUUCGGAUUGUCCCUCCCUUGGUCAUUUCUCACGAGGAGAUCAAUCGGGGUCUUUCAAUCUUGGAGGAGGCCAUUACUGUGGUCUACGAAAAGCCUGAUCAUGUCGAGGGCACUGAAGGGCAACAAGAGAUGGCAAGUAGAUGAAGGGCCUGAAAGUCCUUUUUUGAGGCUCUUCGGGUGUUUCUUGAGCUGUCUGACUUCUCAUUUACUCUCUCCUGCAGGCACAAUCAUGCCGUGGACCCCACGAUAGUCGGGACGUUGCGCAGGAGCCCAUUUUCCAGCCAAGAUAGCGUUCUCGUCGACCAAUUUGAAAACUUCGACUUUGAGAGGUCGACAGCACUUGAUCAUGUCUUUCUCGCUGUCGCUACCAAAACCCCACAGGGACAAAUCCCCGCCGGGACACGUGGACAAGGCCAUCAACAGAUCCUGCUCGGCGAAGAACUCUAUAUAGUCGCCUGGCUGAGCUGGACAGGGGUUCAUAAAAUACCGUCCCUUGUCGUCCAACCCGGUCACCUGGAACAGAUUGAUGACGUCGUGGACAUCUGACUCAUUGAGACCGAAAGGUAUCACGGCCCUCGUCAGGUUGGAAUGGCAGUGGAAGUCGUACGAGGCAUCCGGUCCAGAUAGCAGGGUGUUGAUGUAAGGGUCGCAACGUGUCCCCAGUAAGUCGUGGACUCGACCACCGGUCUCAUCCCUGCCGUACCAGGACAACGAGUCGGCGAUGAUUGUAGACAGAGGACGCAUAUAUGGCAGACAUGACCACAAUCGAUCGUACGUCGUGACGUGAGAAGAAUGCAAUUGUUUCGUUCGAGAUGCCCAGAAUCUUUCGCGAGGGUUUGCCGCGUUCCAGAUGUUUAAAUCACCUUGGGAAAAAUAGCACACCAUAAGCAUUCCUGUUGCUGGGAUUUUUCAGAAGGACAGAAUAACUAGAUACUUACCAACUUGUGGUCCUUCGGGAGUACUGAUUCUGAC